CUGGGCGCACGCCCGCAACUGUAUUAUUGGAUGACGUCUGGUUCGCCGACGUGCGGCAACCGUCAUAUGUGGUACGGAAUGCAAUCCACCGCGCAUCAAACUCCACUGGUUGCGAAGAACGCACAAAAGGUACUUGAUCAUUUACCAAGCUUGUGAUCGCAUGGCGACUGCGGUCAGGGCGCGGAUGACGGCGCUAGGAACAACGACCCUGCAUAGACAGACAAGAUGCGGUUUAGUGUGUGUCAAGGCUAACAGUACUAUCUCAAGAACUUUUCGAUCUUUACGCAACCAUCAUUCUUAAAACCAUACUGCGCGCAGUAAUUUGCGGCCACUAAGGCCCUCUUGUCCUUGUUUCGCUCCUUCGAUUGUGUUGUGUGGUAAUUGUGGUUCGAGCGAUGUUUACCUCUCUCGCCGCCUGGACACUCGGCGCUGGCGUUCGAGCGUCGUUCGGAGACCACCAACUCAGAACUGACUGUUGGGUAUUCGGACUCGUAGCAACAUGGCUAGCAAGAGAAGAACUGAAAGUGUUUCUACAGAAGAGUUGGGAUGCUUCUUCACCAUUGGUGGGGCCAUCAAUGAUGGUCCUUCCUUUUGUCGUUGUUCCACUUGCAAUCCUCGGAUUAAGAUCACGCACAUCUAGCGACAACGCGAAAGCGAUUAACUCGCCUGAAGACAUUCGUGAAUGGACCCUUCAGUAUCCGAAAGCCAGGAUCUUUCCGUGUGUCACAAAACAUGCGCGCAUGUUCCCGAAACGCCAUGCCUUCGAAUACUCAUAUUUACAGUGCGGUUUCCCGAUCAUACCUGGUGGUGAGACGCCUGACGGACACGAUACCGCGACUGGGAAAGAUCAGGAUCUCGGUAGUUGGUGGCUUCGUGUUCGAGCCAGCGAUUACCUUUGUCGAGGGAACGGUAAGGCUGGCUUUUAUGGAAAGCUCCAGUCAUGGAUGAGGGAGCAAGACGUUGCAGAUAAAGAGUGGUCAUACGCCUAUUUAGUCACCGCACCGCGCUUUUUCGGAUACUCAUUCAACCCUGUGUCGUUCUGGUACAUCUACGAUCGGGAGCAUCAGCUCAAGAAGAUGAUACUUGAAGUCAACAACACUUUCGGCGAGCGACGCAUAUACUUGCUGAACGGCACCAGCAUGUCCAAUCCACCGCAAACUCUGGACUCUAUAAACGCAGCAAAUACCCCGACAGAGACAUCCAUCGGAGAUAAGUCGCGAUUCACAGAUCUUUGGAUGAAAGACUUCCACGUCUCGCCGUUCAACUCGCGUAAAGGCUCGUAUGCGCUUCGAGCACAUAACCCGUUUCCGUAUGUAGGGUACAAUACACCGAUGAUCGACAACACGAUCACUCUUAAAUCUUCGAAAGACCAUGCCAAGGUGGUAGCUCGCUUGACCUGUGUUGGACCCCCACUGGAUCCUAGCGAAUUUGGUAUAAUGGGCGCCGCCUGGUUCAUAUCUAAAUGGUGGUGGGUUGGCUUUGUGACCCUCCCCCGCAUAUUGAAAGAGGCAUUUGCUCUGUUCUACAAGCGAAGCCUCUUCGUCUGGUUUCGCCCAGAAGUUCUGAACCCCAGCCUGGGUCGACUACCCACUUCAUCAGAGGUUAAGAUCCACCAGGUGUUCCACGAUUACCUGACCCACCUUGUCAAUACAGCCCAAGAUAACUUCCGCAUCAUACUCCACACUUCGAUACCCGAGAUUCCCAAACAGAACAUUGGGUUCACAAGGCCUCAUAGCGGGAACGCAGUGAAAGAGCUCGAGAUUCGCAUCCUUACCCCUGCAUUCUACUCACGAUUUGUGCACUACGCCUAUACUUCAGAGGCAUUCGACCGCGAGUGCAUCUUCACGGACGAGAAGAAUCGAACGUGCUGGGUCUCCCGUCCAGAGUUAUUGGCGCAGUUGAUCACUCAGUCAGCGCCUGUUAAAUCGCAAAGUACCGGUCAAAAUGGCGUAAUAAAUGAGUUGAGAUGGUCGUUACUCCAGAAGCUACGAUGCGCUCCAGCCGAAUCUGCAUACAACACGAAUCCGAAAGGCUCCGAGGUUCGUCUAGAGGACAUUCGUGCUUCGAAACACUCGGAUAUGGAUGCCUUUGUCCACAGUCAGGGAGGACGGGCUUAUGCUGGCACGUAUCGGAGGAUAGUCGCCAAGUUAUUCUUUGCUCAGAGGUUUUGCUUGGGCUUUCCCCAAAUCAUCACUUUGGUUGACUGGGUCCUGCGGGCCUCAUUGUGCUGUUAUGCUGCAGGACAAGUGUCAAGCUCGACCGCACCCACUUGGAGAGCCUUGCCUGAACAGGAUUGGUGGCCGUUGACUCGAAGUAUAGUAGCAGUCACAGCAAGCCACGCGUAUGGGCUGCUCAAAGGUUAUCAUUAGUACAUCAAUGUUGCAAAAUUACAGUUCUUAAA